UCCACCGAAUAGCACAGUUGGACGAGUCUUUUGCAAGAAAACAAAACAGACAGUCAAAGAGGAUUAGUUCGACUUAUCGAAUUAGUAUUCAGAUGGGUGUUUCUUUGGGAAUAAAAAAUUGUUCGUCGCUACCUGUGAGCUCACCUGGCAAGAUCAAGUAAAUAGUAUCUCGCUAGCAAACUAGCCAGCUAGGACGUGUGGCCUUGCGUCGGAAAGGAGCCUUGGACUCGAGUGGAAGUUCCAAGCGGACUCCUGAACUCUCUACGUCCGUGAAGUCUCCUGUCAGCGGGGCCGAGGCUCUUGCAGCCGGCCCUGUGGAUGAGGAAGUGAAAAGAUACAAGCCACCCAGGAGAAAGGGGACUUGCUAAUGGGAGAAGCCUCAUUCCUGGACUCCUGGGUCGAUCAGCGCGCUGUGAUGAUGGAUGAGCAGGAGGCGUUGAACUCAAUCAUGCAGGACCUGGCCGAGCUCCAUCGUUCCAGCCGCCCCACCAUGUCUCUGACUGACCUGGGCAAGCCCAAGGCCUCCUCACCCAAGAACCAGAACGAUGUUCGAGUGAAGUUCGAGUACAGAGGUGAAAAGAGAAUCUUGCAGUUCCCACGCCCGGUCAAGCUGGAUGACCUGGUGUGUAAGGCCAAGGUGGCUUUUGGACAGGCCAUGGACUUGCACUACACCAACAACGAGCUGGUCAUCCCUCUGAGCACACAGGAUGACCUGGACAAGGCUGUGGAGCUGCUGGACCGCAGUGUCCACAUGAAGAGCCUGAAGAUCCUGCUGGUGUUGCAGGCCUCCACACAGAGCUCCAGCACCCACAUGGAGCUGCUGCCGUCACUGGAGGACCUAGACAACACCGCCUUCAGAGGGACGGACAAGAAGAGCAUGCUGGCUUUGAUCGGCUCCCAUUCUACUGAUCGCAGUUCGCCCCCUCCUGGGUACAUCCCUGAUGCGCUGCAGCAGGUCGCCCGAAACGGUUCCUUCACAAGCAUCAACAGUGAGGGCGAGUUCAUCCCCGAGAGCAUGGACCAGAUGCUGGACCCUCUGUCGAUGAGCAGCCCGGAGAAUUCGGCCUCCGGUAGCUGUCCUUCCCUCGACAGCCCGCUCGACAGCGACAGCUACCCCAAAUCCCGCAUGCCCAGAGCGCAGAGUUACCCGGACAACCACCAAGAGUUCUCAGAUUACGACAUCCCCGUGUUUGAGAAGAUUGCGAAAGGCGGGACCUACCCACGGCGCUAUCACAUCUCCUUCGGUCACCAGGACUACAGCGACGGGAGGAAGACGUUCCCGCGCGCGCGGCGCACGCAGGGCCACAGCCUGCGCUCCCCGGUGAGCUUCAGCCCCACGGAGCAGUCCCUCAGCACCAGCAGCGGCAGCAGCAUCUUCACCCCCGACCUGGAGGAGGCCGGCCGCCGCCGCCGCGGCAGCGACAUCGACACCAACCCCACCCUGUCCGUCAUGGACAUCAGCCCGCCCAGCCGCUCUCCGCGCGCCCCCACAAACUGGCGCCUCGGGAAGCUGCUGGGCCAGGGCGCCUUCGGCCGGGUCUUCCUGUGCUACGACGCGGACACGGGCCGCGAGCUGGCCGUCAAGCAGGUGCAGUUCGACCCGGAGAGCCCGGAGACCAGCAAGGAGGUGAGCGCCCUGGAGUGCGAGAUCCAGCUGCUGAAGAACCUGUUCCACGAGCGGAUCGUGCAGUACUACGGCUGCCUGCGCGACACGCAGGAGCGCACGCUCUCCAUCUUCAUGGAGUACAUGCCUGGGGGCUCCAUUAAGGACCAGCUGAAGUCCUACGGCGCCCUGACGGAAAACGUCACACGCAAGUACACCCGGCAGAUCCUGGAGGGAGUGUCCUACCUGCACAGCAACAUGAUCGUGCACCGGGACAUCAAAGGGGCCAACAUCCUGCGGGACUCGGCGGGGAACGUGAAGCUGGGCGACUUCGGGGCGAGCCGGCGUCUGCAGACCAUCUGUCUGUCUGGGACGGGGAUCAAGUCUGUGACCGGCACCCCCUACUGGAUGAGCCCGGAAGUGAUCAGCGGAGAGGGAUAUGGAAGGAAGGCAGACAUCUGGAGCGUCGGCUGCACGGUGGUGGAGAUGCUGACACAGCGCCCCCCGUGGGCAGAAUUUGAAGCCAUGGCGGCCAUCUUUAAGAUCGCCACCCAGCCCACGAACCCUGUCCUGCCCGCACACGUGUCGGAGCACUGCCGCGACUUCCUCAAGCGCAUCUUCGUGGAGACCAAGCAGCGCCCGGCAGCCGAGGAACUGCUGCGACACAUCUUUGUGCACUAGUCCCCCCCC